AUGUUGAGGCAACAACGCCCAGGUGAGGUGCAGCUGGGGACAGCCCUGUAUGAGCUGGUUGGCUACAGGCAGCCCUCCUCCACCUUGCUCCCUAAGCAAGUGCAUGACAAGCCGGAGCCUGCUCCUGAGCAACAGCAGGGGCUGCUGGGCAGUGCCAGAAGCGGCGGCAGCAAGACUGAGCAGAAAAAGGAGCAGCAGCAGCUGAGGCGAAAGAUCAACAGCCGGGAGAGGAAGAGGAUGCAGGACCUGAACCUGGCCAUGGACGCGCUGCGGGAGGUGAUCAUGCCCUACUCUGCAGCCCACUGCCAGAGCUCCCCGGGCAGGAAGCUCUCCAAGAUCGCCACGCUGCUCCUGGCCAGGAACUACAUCCUCUUGCUGGGCAGCUCGCUGCAGGAGCUCAGGCGGAUCAUUGGGGAGAUGAGUGGCUCCGGGCCCAGGGUGCUGCUGGCCGGGCUGCCCCUCUUCGCUGCGCCGGGCUCUGUGCUGCUCACCCCGGGGAACUUGAACCACCCGGACAGCCUGCGGUCCGCCAACAAAUACCUCUCGCUGUCCCUGGAGGAGCAGCAGUGCAGCCAGCUGCAUUUGGCCGGGGGAGCCAGCCUGUGCACCUGCGCGAUCUGCAAGUUCCCUCACUUCAUCCCCUCCAGCCUCAGCCUCGCCGCCGUGCAGAGCCAGUUCUCCAAGUGA